AUGAGGGCUCUCCCUGCACUUCUCGUCCAGCUCACCCUGGCAAUGAAGGUGACUUUGCCUCCCAUCCGCGCCGAGCCGCCAUUAAUCCUUCUCAUGUCCGACCUGGGCCUGGCACCGGGUGCGGUGAUCACAGCCAACAUCACUGUAACACAAGGCAGUGCAGUCCUCAUGCUUUUCACCAAAGCAGAGUUGCUUUCGUGGGAAAGAUCGCUGAUGAAACUACCUCAGCAAGAUCUGCAGAAUGCUACCUCUUACUUUCGUAGUCAAUGGAGACAACCAUUUCGAUAUUAUCUCUCUGGAAGGACCUGUCUGCUGCACGAAGGUCCCGAUUUCACUGUGUUACCCCUGUUUCAAACCAGGAUGACAGUGCCGGGCCCAAAGCCGGAACGCUAUGUCGUCGGGAUCCCGGUGCCAUUUUCACGUUGGCUCCGUGAAGCAGAGCUACCAGCUAUCGGCAGCUAUCGUGCCAUCGUGGAACUGCCCUUGCUGGGCACGUGUUUGUUCCGAGCACGUCGUGUCUUGGGAAGGGAUGAUUGGCCGGAAGACAGACCUUGA